AAGAAAACUAAAAUAUAUAGAAUAUUUUAUAAUCGAUGAAAUGAGUAUGGUAGGACGUCGUUUUCUUGCUAUAAUUGAUUUACGACUGUGGCAAACAUUUCCGGAUCACUACAAUAUUCCCUUUGGUAGCCGAUCCAUAAUUCUUGUUGGUGACUAUGGGCAGCUUCCUCCGGCAUGUGAUGUUCCCGGACUCUCUAGAUCAUAUGGUCGUAGUGCCUAUAGUCAACUUCAAGAAAUUUGUAAAAUUGAGGCUAUGCAAAGACAACAGGUAACUCGGAUAAACAACAACAAUUCAGAUAUCACUUACGUGAUGGAAGAAGUGGAUAAAAUAAAUUUAAAUAAACUUCGAUUAUUAAACCAACCCGUUGCUAAGAUUCAUGCGGUACAUACGGGUGGAUCUGAAGCUUCUAAGGUCUGCAGAAUGCUGCUGGUCUUAUAA